AUGGCCAAGGAAGGGCAUGAUCAUAAAGUACAGCGGCGCAGAUUUACGGAGUCCUACUGGAAUGCCGCAAAGCAACUACAGAAGCGUCCUAUUGUACAGCAGCAGGAUAAAAAGAAACGGGGUCGGCAACGGCAAAAGCGAGCGGCGGAGAAACAUGAUGGAACGAAUUAUCUGCAUGGCUAUACGGCACCGAAUGGAGAAGGACAAGCUUCUCUUCCGAUGGAUGUGAGGUCAACACCCUCAAGAGAGCAAAGUGAGGGGGGAAACACAUAA